CAGCCUAGAAAAAUAACCCUUUUUUCCUCCUUUUUUCCAAUGACAGCAACAAAAAGGAUAAUACAGCGAAAGCCUUCAGCAUCUCUCCAUUUGCUUUCGGAUCAAGCUUCUCUGAUCGCUUCUGCGUCACUAUUUCUUCUGAAACAAUAGCAAUGCAGCGUACAAAUUUGUGCCAAACAUCUACAGUUAACGUUUCCGCCUGAAUCACCACUGAAAAGCGCAAUCGAGAAAUUCUUUUUGGAUAGGAUCAGAUCAGCAAAUUCAGAAGCAGCAGCAGCAGCGUGCACUUGACCACGAACAAGAAAAGAAAAUUCCAUUCCGUUACGCGCGCAAAAAUUAACUAAUGCCCCUCCCAGAUCGCGUCCGCCAUGGUGCAGCAGUUAUUGCAGGCGACGUAGCUGCAGAGUGGCAAGUAAUAUAUUCCCCCUGUAUAUGCAUUGCAUUGCACCGCACUGCACGUCCCAUCUACACAGUUGCAAGCAAGAUCGAUCGCUCGCUCGCACAUGGCGGCGCGAGCGGAUCGCCGGUUGCGAGCUCGCGGUGGUCUAGUGGAUUAGUGUGGAGGAGGAGAAGAGGAGAGGAGAGAUCAUGGGCAGGGCGGGUAGGUGGCUGCGAAGCUUCUUGCCGGGGAAGAAGGACAGGGCGAGGGCGCCGGCGCCGGAGAAGGAGCAGGCGGUGGCGGUGGUGACGACGCCGGGGGCGAAGGAGAAGAGGCGGUGGAGCUUCCGGAGGCCGGCGGUGAAGGAUGGUGGUGGUGGUUUCUUGGAGCCGCGGGUGGACCCCGACCAGCACGCCGUCGCGGUGGCCAUAGCCACGGCGGCGGCGGCGGAGGCGGCGGUGGCGGCCAAGCAGGCGGCGGCGGCCGUAGUCCGGCUCGCCGGGUCGUCGAGGCGGGGCGUCGUCGUCGUCGGCAUUGAGGAGGCGGCGGCGAUCAAGAUCCAGUGCGUCUUCAGGUCCUACCUGGCGAGGAAGGCGCUGUGCGCGCUGAGGGGGCUCGUGAAGCUGCAGGCGCUGGUGCGCGGCCACCUCGUGCGGCGGCAGGCGAGCAACACGCUCCGCUGCAUGCAGGCGCUCGUCGCCGCCCAGCACCGGGCGCGCGCCGCGCGCCUCCGCCUCCUCGACGACGACAAGGAGAAGCCUCUCCUCCACACCCCGAGGAUGAUGCCCACCCGCCGCUCGCCGCACCACCCCCGCUUCCGUCAUCAGCAGCAGCAACAGGAGGCGGAGGAGAACGUGAAGAUCGUGGAGGUGGACACCGGAUUUGGCGGCGGCGGCGGCAGCGGCGAGGCGCACUGCACGCCGAGGACGUCGUCCCGGCGGAGCAGCUGCUACGCGACGCCGCUGUGCCGCACGCCGUCCAAGGUGGAGCUGUACCAGAAGGUGUCGCCGACGCCGUCGGCGCUGACGGACGCCAGCGCGCGGACGUACAGCGGCCGGUACGACGACUUCUCCUUCUCCACGGCGCGGAACAGCCCGUGGCACCACCACCACGCCUCCGACGCGCCGUGCAAGCCGCAUCACCCGCACCACGGCAACGGCGACCACCCGCUCUUCUUCCCCAACUACAUGGCGAACACGGAGUCGUCGCGCGCCAAGGCGCGGUCGCAGAGCGCGCCGCGGCAGCGCGCGUCGGUGUCGUCGUCCGCCAGCGAGGCGUCGUCGGUGCGGUGGGAGAGGCAGGCGAGCGCCCGGCGCAGGGCGUCGCUGGAGGCGCAGGCGGCGUCGGCGCCACCCAACAAGUGCGGCGCCGCCAUGAUGGCGCGCGUGCAGCGGUGCCCGUCGCAGGCGAGCGCGCCGGCGUCGUGCCCGUGGGGGUCGAGGCUGCCGGACCACGACAGCGAGUGCGGGUCGACGAGCACCGUGCUCACCGCCGCCACCACCACCUACUGCUGGUCGCUCGCCACCGACAACGCCGCCGCCGCCAUGGCAUGAUCAACUCAACUUGCUACUGACAUUGCCCACGGUAGAAGAAGCUACUCCUAAGCUUUUGGAACUCUUGUCCGUCCCUUUUCGUGUGCAAAUCUUUCUAGGGAUCAGAAUCAGAUGACACACUGGGGGUUUGUGCUGUGCUUGCCAAAGGUGUGAUUUUGUUACUGUUGUGUUCAGCUGUAAUUGUGCGUGUCAUCUCCUAAUUAAAUCUGUCAGGUUGUGGUCACUGCAAACCGAACUGUUGAAAGCAACAGGAAGAAGAAGUUUCAGUGUCUUGUUGCUGCUGAGUAAGCGAAUUCUGCAGCUUUUUGUUGACACUAGCAAUGUACUAUUCCUAAUCUGCAUGAACAAAUUCAUUUUCCUUUU